AUGCUCAACGAAUUGAACGAAGCAGGGAAGAGAAUAGGACUACGAAUAAACAGAAAGAAGACACAGUUCAUGAAGAACGCGCACUGCGAGGACGGAGGAGUACAACUUGAAGGCUCCCAAAUCGUGGAAACUCCGUCAUACGUAUACCUUGGACGUUCUGUGAACAUGGAAAACGACUUGAAGGAAGAACUGAAUAGAAGAAUGAGAGCAGCAUGGGCAGCAUUCGCAGCCGUCAGGGAAGCUACGGACCAACUGACGGACCAUGAUCUUCGUGCCCAUCUGUUCGACUCGACAGUCCUUCCAGCGCUCUGUUACGCAGCGGAGACGUGGGCAGACACCGCAGCCACGUCUAGGAAGCUACUUACUACCCACAGAGCCCUUGAGAGAUGUCUCCUGAAGUUUAACCGGCGCACACAACACCUUGCCGGUCUUCGUAGCUCCGACUUAAGAGGAAUGUCCCGUCUUCGCGACCCAGCGGAAUAUGUAUCGAAAGCAAAACAUAGAUGGGCCGGUCACAUCAUGAGAAGAAUCGACGAUAGAUGGACUAAAAGAACGCUAGAGUGGAUCCCAAGGGACGCUAAACGCCCCCGAGAGAGACCGCCAACGAGAUGGAGUGACGUGUUCGCUGCACGGAUGGACCAGCUGAGAGCUCAGCUGGAUACGGCUCAAGGACCUCGUCAUCGUCACUCACGAAGCUUGAGAACAUCUUGGAUGACAAUGGCGAGGGAACGAAACGAGUGGAAGAGAUGCUGGGGCCCGCACGUCGAGUGA